AUGCAUCGUGCAUCCUACGACGGCCGUGCUGGCUCUCGAGGCAGUCACAGCAAUAGCAGUGCCUUCAGUCCUAACGCCAACGCCAAUGAAGACUGGACCAAAAUCUCCGAUCUGGCCGAGCGGCGUCGCAUCCAAAAUCGCAUCGCCCAGCGCAACUACCGCAAGAAAUUGAAGCGCCGUCUGGAAGACCUCGAAAGACGAGCAGCCACCUCUGCCUCCCCAGAGCAGUCCCAUGAAGAGCCCCCAUCUCCCAAGGCCUCUCCCAGCAAGACUCGAUCUAAGCAGCGAGCCCCCAAGCCAGAUGUAAAGCCGCACCUGCAAGAUCGACCAGCCUACGACUAUUACACUCCAGAGGACCGCUCCGCCAUGUUCGCACAGCAAUGUACACGGCAGCUGUCGGCGUCACCCCCACCAGUCUUCUCCUAUCCAUCUAUGUCGCCUUAUGACACCUUCCGACCAACCUACCCAACCCCACUCUAUCACACGGCGCCAAACGCCUACAGUGAAAUCAGCUAUCAAACCGAAUAUGGCGAGCAGGUGCCUUCGCUGGUCCCACUUCCUUCGAUGCAACGCAAACUGGCCUACGACGAGGACCUGAUUAGUCCAUUUAGCAUGAGCUAUGCCACAAUGGCCGGUAUCGAUCUAUGCCAGCAGCAAGCACACGCACAGUCACAUCCAAAUGGCCUUCCGGUGCCAUCGCUUGGAUACAGCUACGCGGACCAGCGAGCGCCGUCGACCUCCCCGGAUGCCUCUAUCUUUACCUUCCCCCUCACGCCGGAAUCAGUACCGUGUUCUCCUCGUACGAUGCCGUACGAAUAUGAUCUACGCUCGUGA